GCAGGAAGACAAGCCUGACACACAGAGAAGCCUAAUGGAGGAGCUGCCCGCAGAUGGUAACAAAAAAUAAUCCAGAUGGGGUGCAGGUGCUGUAAGGUGAUACAAAGCUAUCUCUUUGAUCCAGUCCAAGUGCCCUCCCCUGGUUUUGUCAACGAAGUAAACAACUGCAGGUUGGAGGAGGACGACACUGUCAGACUAAAAGGCACCCACACCAGUGAGGUGGAGGGGCCCAGGAACGCCUUACAUGGUGGCAGCCUGAGCAAACCAGAGAGCAGAGGCAGUACAACUGGUCUACCUCGUCAAGGACCACUCCCCCACGAGGACUCAGAAGAGAGACACUGCGUGGAGAAGCAUGGCAUUGUCAAUGGUAUCAGCCCCGCUGGCACUCUGCAGCCUGUCAGGAGUUCCAGGCCCCACCAGGUUGACAGUGGCUCCUGGGCCAACAGCCCCUGGACAGGAACCCUAGACAGUGCUCACCCUGCUCAACCCUUCCUUGAAGGAGAGGAUUGCAGGAAGCAAAGUGGCACGCUGCCCACCUUGGAAGGGACCCAGAUGGUAGGACACGGAGACUGCAGGGCCCCUGCUGAGGCCUUGGCAGUGGCAGACCACAUCCUACACAUACCAGCCCCAGAUUACCCCCAGCUCUGGAGCCCCACAGUAGGCAAUGGAGACCCUGAAGAAAAGGAUUGUCUUUUUGAAAACCAUUCUGAGGUGGGACCCCUGCCGGGAACUCACCCCAAGGGGAGCGAGCAGGGUUUGAACGUGCCCUUCUCCCUGAGAAGAAGCUGGGACUCACUGAAUGAGGGGGUGACCACAGAUGUUCUGAACGUCUACUUUAGAGAGGAGGGUCCCACUCACCCUACGCCAGUGGUUGGUUCUGGAAAUGAGCGGGAAGGCCCUCACACCCACAAUGGGGAUGCGGAUGGGGUUGUGGCAGAUGAGGACGCUGAGGUGGCAGAAGCCCUUGCAGCUUUAGAGGCUGCUACUGCAGGAGAAGAUGGAGAUGAUGCGUAUUAGGGGAGGGGCGAGGCGAGGCAAGUGAACCGCA